AUGGAUGAGACAAAAAAAAAUUUUGAAAAACAAGAUUAUAUUGGGUCGGAUAUUAUUAAUUUGGACAAUAUUAAAAAAUAUAUUGCUAUCUUGGAACCAAAUUUAUGUAUAACUAAUGAUAUUUGUGUGCUUUUAAUUGAAUCACUAUCAGAUUACCUUGAUGAUCUUAUUUCAGUAUCUGUAAAAAUGGCAAAACAUAGAAAAGGAUUAUAUGUACAAAAGAAAGAUGUAUUAGAAGCAUUAAAAAGAUAUUCAAAUGUAAUAUUAUUAGAUGAUAUUAAUGACAGUUGGUAUUAA